UGGUGAUACGUAGUAGCACAACCAUGUUUCGGAAUAGUCUCAAGAUGCUUCUCACUGGAGGAAAAUCAAGUCGCAAAAACAGGUCAAGUGAUGGAGGGAGCGAGGAACCACCGGAUCGAAGACAGUCAAGUGUAGACUCUCGCCAAAGCCGCUCUGGGCAAGGUGGCAUCUCCACAGAAAGCGAUUGUGCUUUUGAGCCAGACUACGCCGUCCCACCACUUCCAGUGAGUGAAGGUAUGCAGCACAUUCGGAUUAUGGAGGGCAUGUCUCGCUCUCUUCCAUCCUCCCCUUUACUCACACAUCAGUCUAUCAGUGUUCGGCUUCAACCUGUGAAGAAGUUAACUGCCCCUCUGAGGAAGGCAAAGUUUGUUGAGAGCCCACGAAUUCCAGAGUCAGAGCUUGGCUCACCAACCCUCUCUUCAGCUCAGAAACUGGACGUGGAUGCAUACUGCCCUGGUGAUGCUGAACAGGAACUUGGUCCCCCUCCAUCUGUAGAUGAGGCAGCAAACACACUCAUGACUCGUCUGGGUUUCCUCCUUGGAGAGAAAGUCACAGAAGUUCAGCCUGGUGACCAGUACAGCAUGGAAGUGCAAGAUGAAAAUCAGACCUCAGCAAUCACCCAGCGGAUAAGUCCCUGUUCCACCCUGACUAGCAGCACUGCCUCUCCACCAGCUAACAGCCCCUGUUCCACCCUCCCACCAGCCAAUACAAGUGCAUCUGCCAAGGACUGCAGCUAUGGGGCUGUCACUAGUCCCACCUCCACCCUGGAAAGCAGAGAUAGCGGCAUCAUUGCCACGUUGACAAGCUAUUCUGAAAACAUGGAACGCACAAAAUAUGUUGGGGAAAGCAGUAAAGAAUUAGGGUCUGGAGGAAAUCUAAAACCUUGGCAGUCUCAAAAAUCCAGCAUGGACUCUUGUUUAUAUCGAGUAGAUGAAAACAUGAUGGCUUCCACCUACAGUCUGAAUAAAAUCCCGGAGAGGAAUUUGGAAACCGUUUUAUCCCAAUCAGUACAAUCUAUUCCACUGUAUCUUAUGCCACGGCCAAAUUCAGUAGCAGCGACCAGUUCUGCCCAUUUGGAGGACCUUGCUUACCUGGAUGAGCAGAGACACACACCAUUAAGAACUUCUCUUCGAAUGCCAAGGCAGAGUAUGGGCGGUGCUCGCACACAACAGGAUUUAAGAGUUCAUUUUGCACCUUACAGGCCUCCAGAUAUCUCCCUGAAGCCUCUGCUCUUUGAAGUGCCCAGCAUCACUACUGAGUCUGUGUUUGUUGGCCGGGAUUGGGUUUUCCACGAAAUAGAUGCUCAACUGCAAAGUUCAAAUGCCAGCGUGAACCAAGGAGUAGUGAUUGUGGGAAAUAUUGGGUUUGGCAAAACUGCCAUCAUCUCCAGACUGGUGGCCCUCAGCUGCCAUGGCACACGGAUGAGACAGAUCGCCUCAGACAGCCCACAUGCCUCCCCCAAACAUGUGGAUGCCAACAGAGAGCUACCACUCACACAGCCAGCUUCAGCCCACUCAUCUAUAACCAGUGGCAGCUGUCCAGGAACUCCAGAAAUGCGCCGGCGGCAGGAGGAGGCUAUGCGCAGACUAGCCUCACAGGUGGUUGCCUAUCACUAUUGCCAAGCAGAUAAUGCCUAUACCUGCCUGGUACCAGAGUUUGUCCACAAUGUUGCUGCCUUGCUCUGCCGCUCACCUCAGCUUACAGCCUAUCGGGAGCAACUUCUUCGGGAACCUCACCUGCAGAGCAUGCUGAGCCUUCGGUCCUGUGUUCAAGACCCUAUGGCCUCCUUCCGCAGGGGAGUCCUGGAGCCUCUGGAGAAUCUCCACAAAGAGAGAAAAAUCCCAGAUGAAGAUUUCAUCAUCUUAAUUGAUGGAUUAAAUGAAGCAGAAUUUCACAAACCAGAUUAUGGAGAUACAAUUGUAUCAUUUCUGAGUAAAAUGAUUGGAAAAUUUCCAUCUUGGCUCAAACUAAUUGUAACAGUUAGGACCAGUUUACAGGAAAUUACCAAGCUUCUGCCUUUCCAUAGAAUUUUUUUGGAUCGACUAGAAGAAAAUGAAGCCAUAGACCAGGACCUGCAGGCGUAUAUUCUGCACCGGAUACACAGCAGCUCAGAGAUCCAGAAUAACAUUUCCCUUAAUGGCAAAAUGGAUAACACCACAUUUGGCAAACUAAGUUCUCAUCUCAAGACUCUCAGUCAAGGGUCCUACCUAUACCUGAAACUCACAUUUGACCUCAUAGAGAAAGGUUAUCUAGUGUUAAAGAGUUCAAGCUACAAAGUAGUUCCUGUGUCACUCUCGGAGGUGUAUUUGCUCCAGUGCAAUAUGAAGUUCCCAACCCAGUCUUCCUUUGACAGGGUGAUGCCUCUCCUGAAUGUGGCAGUGGCCUCUCUGCACCCACUGACUGAUGAACACAUCUUCCAGGCCAUCAAUGCUGGUAGCGUUGAAGGCACGCUCGAGUGGGAGGAUUUUCAGCAGAGAAUGGAAAACCUCUCCAUGUUUCUAAUUAAGCGCAGAGACAUGACACGCAUGUUUGUACACCCUUCUUUUCGAGAAUGGCUUAUCUGGAGAGAAGAAGGAGAAAAAACCAAAUUUCUCUGUGAUCCCAGGAGUGGUCACACAUUACUUGCCUUCUGGUUUUCCCGCCAAGAGGGAAAGCUAAACCGACAGCAGACUGUUGAACUGGGGCAUCACAUCCUCAAAGCGCACAUUUUUAAGGGUUUAAGUAAAAAGGUUGGUGUUUCAUCCUCCAUCCUCCAAGGUCUCUGGAUCUCCUACAGCACAGAAGGUCUUUCCAUGGCGUUGGCAUCUUUACGAAAUCUCUAUACCCCCAAUAUAAAGGUCAGCCGAUUGCUGAUUUUAGGAGGUGCCAACAUUAAUUACCGGACAGAGGUUUUAAAUAAUGCUCCAAUUCUAUGUGUCCAGUCUCAUCUUGGUUACACAGAAAUGGUGGCCCUCCUGUUGGAGUUUGGGGCCAAUGUGGAUGCUUCUUCAGAAAGUGGCCUGACUCCUCUGGGUUAUGCUGCAGCAGCUGGGUGCCUGAGUAUCGUUGUGCUGCUCUGCAAGAAAAGGGCCAAGGUGGAUCACUUGGAUAAGAAUGGACAGUGUGCUUUGGUCCAUGCUGCACUCCGAGGUCAUCUGGAGGUUGUCAAGUUUUUGAUUCAAUGUGAUUGGACAAUGGCUGGCCAACAGCAAGGAGUAUUUAAGAAGAGUCAAGCUAUCCAACAGGCCCUCAUUGCAGCAGCCAGCAUGGGUUAUACAGAGAUUGUCUCCUACCUACUUGAUCUUCCAGAAAAAGAUGAAGAGGAAGUGGAGCGAGCGCAGAUCAACAGCUUUGACAGCCUCUGGGGAGAGACAGCCCUGACAGCUGCAGCAGGGAGGGGCAAACUGGAGGUGUGCCGCCUACUCUUGGAACAAGGAGCAGCAGUCGCCCAGCCAAAUCGCCGAGGAGCAGUGCCCCUCUUCAGCACUGUUCGCCAGGGCCACUGGCAGAUUGUUGAUCUUUUACUUACCCAUGGAGCUGAUGUCAACAUGGCAGACAAACAGGGCCGUACUCCUUUAAUGAUGGCUGCUUCUGAAGGCCACCUAGGAACUGUGGACUUUCUACUUGCACAAGGUGCCUCCAUUGCUCUAAUGGACAAGGAAGGACUUACAGCCCUCAGCUGGGCUUGUCUGAAGGGUCAUCUCUCAGUCGUGCGCUCUCUAGUGGAUAAUGGAGCUGCCACAGACCAUGCGGACAAAAAUGGCCGCACCCCCCUGGAUCUGGCAGCUUUCUAUGGCGAUGCAGAGGUGGUCCAGUUCCUGGUGGAUCACGGGGCCAUGAUUGAGCAUGUUGACUACAGUGGAAUGCGCCCUCUGGAUAGGGCAGUGGGGUGCCGGAACACUUCUGUUGUUGUCACCCUUCUAAAGAAAGGAGCCAAGAUAGGUUGUCAGACGUUACCGAGUCGCCCACGAGGUCCAGCCACAUGGGCGAUGGCCACCUCCAAACCAGACAUCAUGAUCAUCCUGUUGAGCAAGCUGAUGGAAGAGGGGGACAUGUUCUAUAAGAAAGGUAAAGUAAAGGAAGCUGCCCAGCGCUACCAGUACGCUCUGAAGAAGUUCCCUAGAGAAGGGUUUGGUGAGGACUUGAAAACCUUCCGGGAACUAAAGGUGUCUCUCCUCCUCAACCUCUCUCGAUGUCGCAGGAAAAUGAACGAUUUUGGAAUGGCGGAGGAAUUUGCUACUAAGGCCCUGGAGCUGAAACCGAAAUCUUAUGAAGCUUACUAUGCAAGAGCAAGGGCCAAACGCAGCAGCAGACAGUUUGCAGCAGCCUUAGAGGACCUGAACGAGGCCAUCAAGCUAUGUCCAAACAACCGUGAGAUCCAGAGACUUCUGAUGCGAGUGGAGGAAGAAUGUAGACAGAUGCAGCAGCAGCAGCAGCCGCAGCCGCAGCCCCAGCAGCAAUUGCCAGAAGAAACAGAGCCUGAACCACAGCAUGAAGAUACAUACUCUGUGCAAGACAUGUUUGAGGAGGAGUACCUGGAGCAGGAUGUCGACAACGUUUCCAUUGGCCUCCAGACGGAGGCUCGGCCGACUCAGGGCCUUCCAAUAAUCCAGAGCCCACCCACCUCUCCAGCCCAUCGGGAGUCCACCUACAUCUCUGGCUCACCUCUUGGCUCUCAUCAAGUGUUUGACUUCCGGUCCAGCAGCUCUGUAGGUUCUCCCACUAGACAGGGCUAUCAGUCCACCUCGCCUGCUCUUUCUCCAACGCACCAGAACUCUCACUACAGGCCUAGCCCACCACACACUUCCCCAGCUCAUCAGGGUGGAUCUUACCGUUUCAGCCCCCCUCCUAUGGGAGGGCAAGGCAAAGACUACCCAAGUCCCCCCCCUUCUCCUCUCCGUAGGGGCCCUCAGUAUCGAGCCAGCCCUCCAGCUGAAAGCAUGAGUGUCUAUAGGUCCCAGUCUGGUUCACCCGUGCGGUAUCAGCAAGAAGCAAAUGUUAGUCAGCUUCCUGGCAGACCAAAAUCUCCAUUAUCAAAAAUGGCCCAGCGACCCUAUCAGAUGCCUCCGCUUCCGGUGGCAGUUCCCCAGCAAGGGCUCAGGCUACAGCCUGCUAAGGCUCAGAUCGUAAGAAGCAACCAGCCCAGCUCAGCAGUCCAUUCAAGCACUGUCAUCCCCACCGGCACCUAUGGCCAAGUGGCCCAUUCAAUGGCUAGUAAAUACCAGUCUUCACAAGGCGACAUGGGAGUCAGUCAGAGCCGGUUAGUUUAUCAGGGAUCAAUUGGGGGAAUUGUAGGGGAUGGGCGACCCGUGCAGCACGUCCAAGCCAGCCUAAGUGCAGGUGCCAUCUGUCAGCAUGGAGGGUUGACCAAAGAAGAUCUUCCACAACGACCUUCCUCAGCAUACCGAGGUGGCAUGAGAUACAGUCAGACCCCCCAGAUUGGGCGUAGCCAGUCAGCAUCCUAUUACCCAGUGUGCCACUCAAAGUUAGAUCUGGAACGUUCCUCCAGCCAACUAGGUUCCCCUGAUGUGUCACAUUUAAUCAGAAGACCUAUUAGUGUCAAUCCUAAUGAAAUCAAACCCCACCCACCAACUCCCAGGCCUCUGCUACACUCCCAGAGUGUAGGCCUGCGCUUCUCUCCAUCGAGCAAUAGUAUCUCAUCGGCCUCCAACCUAACACCAACCUUCCGGCCAUCUUCCUCCAUUCAGCAAAUGGAGAUCCCACUGAAACCGGCUUAUGAUAGGUCCUGCGACGAGUUGUCACCAGUGUCUCCCACCCAGGGAGGUUACCCCAGCGAGCCCACGAGAUCCAGGACCACACCAUUCAUGGGGAUCAUAGAUAAAACCGCUCGGACUCAGCAGUACCCCCACCUUCACCAGCAGAAUCGGACCUGGGCAGUGUCGUCAGUGGAUACCGUUCUCAGCCCCACAUCGCCAGGCAACCUGCCUCAGCCUGAGUCCUUCAGUCCACCAUCACCCAUCAGCAACAUUGCCUUUUAUAACAAAACCAACAAUGCACAGAACGGCCACUUGCUGGAGGACGAUUACUAUAGCCCCCAUGGGAUGCUGGCUAACGGGUCCCGGGGAGACCUCUUGGAGAGAGUCAGCCAGGCGUCCUCGUACCCCGAUGUGAAAGUGGCUCGGACCCUCCCUGUGGCUCAGGCUUAUCAGGACAACCUGUACAGGCAGUUGUCUCGGGACUCUCGGCAAGGGCAGACCUCUCCUAUCAAACCAAAGAGACCAUUUGUGGAGUCUAAUGUUUGAGAGACAUUUGUUGGAGUGAGAUCCAUGUUUCCACUGCACAUUUUCAGGCUUGGUUUCCACAUUCCAGGUAGUCUCUGGCUUAAUUUCACAUGUAGUUCUGUGUGGUGUGCAGAGGUGGCAGCCCACAUGCUAAAAUCCUUUGCAUGCAGCCGAUUGGGAAGCUGGCCUCCCGGGGUCCAGGACUUCAGUCUCUCUCGUCUGUGCCCCCACCUCAUUCUCUCCCCCUCUGGAUGCCAACAAGGAGGUUUCUGUUCAAUGUGCUUUAACCAGGGCGAUCAGACACACUGGGCAGCUGCUUCCAGGAGACAAUCGCUUUCACUGAUGUCCUGUUGUGUAGAUGUCUUUCUCCUUUCCUUCUUACUUUCCCCCCUAAAUAAGACGUUUGUUUUCUUCUAGGAACUUUAGCGAGACUGUGAUGCCCCUCUGCCCUUGUGUUCUUCUCCAGUGUGCUCCACGCUGCCAGGCCCAGUGCGUUCUGUGCCAGUGGUUGUCUCCCUGCUGCCAGCUCCCCCAGCCACCACAUGCAGAAUGCCCAUUGAGAUGACUGGGGGGGGGGGAAGGGGGGGUGGCAAAGGAGAGAGCAUAGAGAGGGAGAAUCAUCUACGAAAUCAGGAGAAGCCGCAGAAGAAGAAAAAAUACAUGUAUAGUUGUUUAAAAUGUCACUCCAUUAAUUUUCCAUGAGGCAUUUCAGAAACAUUUAGAAACGAGCCAGCCCUCGAAAUAUUUCACUCAGCCAAGGAAAUUGGAUGAGGACCUGGAAUUUUAAAAAUAAGUCACUGAGAAGAACUCUCUAGAUUUUUAUCCAAUAAUUAACCAUUCAAAGUUGCUGAUUUCCAUGGAGUGGGCUGAGGGAUAAAUAAAUACAUGGGACAAAAGGAAGAAAAAGAAUGGUUCUAUAUUUUCAAGGGAUGCUGUAGGAAAUCUCUUUGAGGCACCUGCACUGUAGACUUUGUGCAUCACCGUCCCCCAAAAGCAAAGCCAUCCCCAGCGCUGUCUGUGCAGUAAUCCUGUCCUGUGAAUCAGCCCUUCAGCCUAAGUCAGACUUCGUUUGGCCGGCCCCCUUUGUUCAUGACCUUGGGGUAGAGGGAAGAAACGUUCUUUGGGAAGCAAAUGGAAUUCUCUGAGAGUUCUUAGACUGAGUCCCAGAGUUUCUGCCCAGGUGCCCUGCAGUCCUUCCCUAGAGCUAGGUUGUUUCUCGUGUACAAGAACUGUUUCUGUUCUAGGCGUGUUUGUUCCAGGGUGAUGUUUGGAACCAGACACAGCAAAAAUGGCUCCCAGGGUGAAGAAAGACCCUUUGGCCCUGUUUCCAGAUGAGGAUGGGGGCACAGAAGAUAGACGGGUUUUCUGGUCCAGUCACUGUCCACACCGUUUCUCCAUCUGUGGUCACUUGUUAAUCUGACCUCUGUGUGACCGAGGGCAGCAUUCGAUAAGAAGGAAGGUCCAGCACCUCAGGCCUCACUCUUAAAACUAAACAAUUUCACCAAACAGCUAUGACUAAGCAGAAGAGAAUUUAUUCUCUGGUCGUGAGCAUCAUUCUGUUCUUGUUCAUAAAGGGCUACAGGCAGGGCAGCUUUCUAAAUACAAAUCCAGAUGUGUCCACACUGCUUAUUAUAGUAAGUGCCCUCUGAAAGGAUUCUGAGACUGGAGAACCGUGAAGCUGAGGUCAGGGACAUUGCUCAUUCGGAGUCUGCCCUUAUAGACGGACCCCUGUACCCCGAGCCUGGCACCAGCCUUGUCUGCUGGAAAUGAGCAGAGUGCUGACUCCAGAUCCAGGCCCUUCUCGGCCUCGCUCAAGUGCCCGCUUGCUCUGGUGCUUCAGGACUGUCUCCUACUCAACUAGACCCUUGGGUGGGCAUCAGUGUUGCCCCCUCCUCCUCCUCCUGGCUUCUGCCACUCUCUGAGGUGAAAUGUGCACCCGCUGCAGCAGCAUCUAGCUGGGACCCAGCAGCCUGUCAGCUCAGCCCUGUGAAUCUCAUCAUCUUCCCCCCUUGAGCCACCAUUUCUCACCCAGGAGCUGCUAUGCUGUCGUGUGUCUCUUAGGAAGGUGUCCCUGCCACCUGCACUCCCCUGUUAGGCAGGCUGGGAAGUGCUGCCACUUCUCUCAGAGGGUUCUCCGUUUUCUGGAGCAAGCAGGAGACUGACUUAGGUCUGUGCCCUAUUGAACAAGACCUACAGUGUCAACAAUCAAAAUGCUUUCUCGGGGUCUUUUUGUUUGUUUUUAAGCUAUCAUAAGAGGGAGUGGAUAUCAUGACUGGGCGCCAGUUGUGAUAUUUUGAACAAACAAUGCUAACUGGACCCUUACUGGGGCAAGAGACAGCCACUUCCUUGUAAGCAGACUACCUGUGUGCCCAGUGUGCUCCUUCACUGCCCUUGGACAAUCUUGAUACCUGCUUUAGAGUGCCCCACCCCCCAGCUCUACUUGCUAAAGCAGCGUCUGACUUCCCUUGGAGAGGGAAUUAUUCAAUCCUGUUCACCAAUCCACACCACCCUGAUGUGGAGACUGGGGUCUCGCUCCAGCCUGCAGCUUCCCCACCCACUGACAUGUUCCCGUUGCCCACAGUCCUUGCACUGGUGGGUUUCCGUCCCGUCUACAAAUGGGUGCACUUUUCUGUUUGACUUGCUAACACACAUACUGGUAUUUUGUGUUAAGUUAGGUCUUCAUUAGAAAUAAGCAGAGCCACUCUUGUCUUUUCGUGUGUGCUUUUUCAAGAACAAAAAGAGGAAAAGAAAGAAAUCAAGCAGUGGAACAUAACACUUAUAGCACAAGAAAUAACUGUUGUACAUAAGCAUCAAAAAAGAUUCAGAAUUUUUAAAUACAGAAGAAAAAAAUUGCAGUGAUUUUAAAGUGCUUUUCCAGCAAUUUUCUUAGGGACUCCUGAGACCUGGGUACUUUAUUUACUGGAUCAGUAAGGCACAUAGUUCACAAGGAAAACUAAGAUUUACUGACAAAGGGACACCUGUGUAACCUGAGAACUCGGCCUGGACAAAAGGGAGGCCAUUUUGUAUCUGCUGCUGCUGCCCCUCUGCUCUAUUGCAAGUCCCCAGUCAGUAGUGCACAGACCCUCCCCCACGUCCGCCUCCCCCUUCGAUGUGUUUAACGUAAACUCGAUGGCUCAGGAAAAUUCCACUCAUUAGAAUCAUGUACAGUCCCCCAGGUCGUUGUCCAGAUAGGCAAGUUGCUAUUCAGUUAAGCCUGGAUGGUUGAACACUUUCCCUAAAUCGUUGUCAACAGGACAGCUUAAGGGAAUGGUGUUCACAAGUCCUUAUAUUGUAUAGUUUAUGAAUCCCGCCCUCUCUAAAUAUUGGUAUUUUUAUAUUCCAGAGAUGUAUCCAAUAGAAAAAAAGUAAUCAGUAUCUAAUUUAAUAUCCAUAAGUAUUUUUCCUUAGAAUUUAGCCGUGUGGACGAGCCCUGUGUUUCACCAUACUUUACCACUAGGUGUCACUGUGGCUCUACAGGGCAGCAUCUCUGCCAGACAGGUGGGAAGACCAGCUCUUUGAACACGACCUGCUUUGGACCUUUAGCCAGGCCGAAGCUGAGUAGAAGUCCCACCCUCUCGGGCAGAUGGAGAGGACCUUUCACCCCUCCUCGGCUCUUCUCGUAGUUCCACAGGUAUCACGACUGGAUGGGGUUUGAUUCAGAAAGAAUUAUUUUUCUACUGCAGAAAUGCCUUGGACAAAACAGUUGCUCCCUGAAUCUUUGCCACAAAGCAGAACAGGUGCCCGUGCCCCACCCCCACUCCCUGUGGGUAGCACGUGCCCACUCCUAUGCCCAGGCUCCUCAGCAGACUCGCCCACCCCACCUGUCAGUUCUCAGGCUGCCCACUUCUCAAGAAGCCAGCCUGCUGCUGCUCCUACACCUAGGGCCACGCUGCCCCAUCCCCUGCUCCAGGGGAAGUGAGGCUCUUUCUCUUUUUCCUCUAGGGAUUCCAGACCACCCGCCAUGACUAACCAUAUUGAAUCAAGGGCUUAGGGGUAAGAGCUACCUACAAAGACGUGUCAUGGAAACCUUCACCAUGCAAUGCCUUGAACUCAGCUCUGGCUGCUCCCGAGAACAGGUGGCUGACUAGCUGGCUGGGGGCCCGGACCCAAGCCCAGUGGGGCUGGUGGAGCCACCGUGCAGAGCUACUUGAAUCAUCGCUGGGUCUUCAUCAACUUUUGUAAUACAGACCACUCAAGGGCUGAAGUGUCGAGAACCUUCAUUACAGUGUCCAGUGCCUCGCAGCAGCUGAACCACCAUGAGAUGCUGUGGCUACCUGCAACCACAGUCAGAGCUUUGAAAGUCGGUACCAAAUGAGUGCGUAAUUGGACACCAAAAAUCAAGUGUUACUUUCCCAUUUCCUCACCCAUCUCAUCUCAUCCCCCACCCCCUUACCCCUGCUCCCCUUGCUGCCUCUGUGAUGUCCACACUAAGCUGAGCUGUCAGGUUGUAGCUGGGUGCCACUAGAUGCAGGCCCACGUGGCGCUCAUUUUUUCAGAUAGACCCACUCUGGAAAGGACAUCGCUUUGUGGCUUUGUCCUGUAGCUCUUGCUAACCCAGUUUUUCUUUUGCUAAUCGCUAACAAAAAAUACUGGCAUAGGGCACUCGGUCAUGUCAGCCCCCAGGACCAGAUACGGUUCAUUCUGAAAACUUUAGUACUUGAAUGUACCUGCCUUAUUGUCUAUCAACUUAGUGGGGGACCUGGAGAGAGAUGCUGGCUGGAGGGCACCACUUUACUCCCAGGUGGCUUGGGAAGCCUGUAAACUAACACUUCUUCUGUUUGUUUUGGGUUCUUUCCCCCUCCCCCCACCCCCUUUUUGGCUGAGUCCUGCUGAGAGGGGCCAGCUCCUGGUCCAGCUCAGGGUGGGUGCCAUUCUCAGGCAUGGCCUCCUCUCCAUUCUAGCACAGCAUCUUUGUCUCUGUUCUGUCUCCUCAAAAUCCAAGAUGAUUUUCAUUAGUACAGACAUGUACACUUAAAGAGUGAUUUGUACUAAUAUGAUUUUGAUUCUAACUCCUCCUUGCUGUCCUUUGAAGACACUUGCUGGAAAAGCUUUAAUGCACUUAGUUUUCCUUUAGGUUUUCUAUAUCUCAGAUGUAAAGGACUUUCUCUGUACAGUAUACUGCCCAAUGCAUGUUUGUUCUCCACCCCAAUAUAGUGAGCACCACACAGUUGUGAACUCGUGCCAUGGGGUGCCCCGCGCCCAGCAGAGGCGUCCAGCCCCCUGUGUCUAAGGAAAGACAUUUCCCUUUGCUGUACUUGCUUGAGCAAUUUUAUUGUCUGUACACGUGAGCUGUGUGAGAUAGAUGUGAAGUUUAAAUGAAUGCAUUCUCCUGCCCCAUGUAUACAGAUUGUCAUCUGUACAAUGAACUGUGUGUAUGAAGCAAAUGUACUUAUUUAUAAAGGCUAACACUUGGGAAAA